AGAUGAGCGGGCCAGCUGUUUGGAGUGUGAUGGUUUGGUUGGAGGACUUUGUGACGACUCGUCUUUCUCCGGUACCGUCCGUCGCUCGCUCUCGGCUCCUCACCCGGUCACCCUGGAUCCUCUUUCUUCAGUGGCCUCAUGUGACUCCCAGUCUAAAUACCACUGUGACUUGGUGGCAAAGAAUGGCAGCGAAGUUUACCGCUACCCAAGCCCUCUUCACGCUGUGGUUGUCCAGAGCCCCGUCUUUCUACAAAUGUUAGGUCCAAUCAGAGACGAAGGGCCUGUAAGAAGCGUUGAGGCUGGUGUUGAAGGACUGAAACUGGAGCCUUCCCCUCUUUCUGCUUCUGUUUCAGCUCCUCUUGUAUCUCAGAGCUCCUCUUGGCCAGCAACCUUUUCCUCCCAAACUCCUUCCCUUAAGCGCCUGGACAGCUAUAUCUUCAGUGUGCUGCAGCGGAGGGCCCUUCCCGUCAGGACCAGCAGACCCAGAACCAGCAUCAGCACUGACCCGUCAAAGAGCAUCCUGAGGCAGGCCAGUCUCUGUGUGAGGCAGGUGUCUGGGUUCGGUUUUGGGACUCUAAGGGGGUCUGAAUUCAGGCCCUCCUGGCCGGCUGGAGGCGCCUCAGCGGAAAGCUCGUCUCCUCAGAGGCAGUGGUCUGUGGAAAGUAAACCUGAGGAGCAGGAAACGCCGAAUGUUUUCCCUGAUGUCAGCGUCGAAACGAUGCAAAAUGGCUUCAAGAUGAACAGUGACCUGGCAGAAAACCAAAACACCUCUACUCAUAGUAUUUGCAUCCAAAAUGGCUCUUCUGUCACUCACAUUGAUACAAGCACUAACAGUCUGCUGAAACAGAAAAGCAAAAUACUUCUUCCUCCUUCAGCUGUUUCUACUCUGCCUAAAGACUUCAGGGAUCUGAGUAUUCCCAAAGCUAACUCCUCUCCCAAAGAAACCCAGCAGCCAUGUUACUUUCCCGACCAGGACCUGCUCCUUAAAUCACCAGCAGUUAUUAAAAUUUCUUCAGCUACUCCCAAGAACAGCCCAAAGCCUCUUCAAAACGUCCAGACGGAGAAAGUUGAAAGGUCAGAGGUAGCCUGUCUAGUUCCCUCCUCCCAAAGUCAGGAUGAAGCAGAAGGAGAAGGAGGUCACAACGCUAAGUACUUUUCCAGCCAGGGUCAGAAUGUCAAGCACCGUAAGAGUAGCAGCAAGAGUGUCAAGAGUGUCAAGGUGAAGACCACCACCACGACGAUGAAGACGAGUCGGACCUCUGAACACAAUGAGCAUAAGUCAGAAAGAAGAGGUGAUAAAUCCCAUCACAGGUCUAAAAAGUACCGGCUGUUGGAAGACGGAGCGUCCAUCAACAUUAAAGUCUCUAAGAAGGCACCUGGUGGUGGCAGUUCUCAUGGGAUGAACUCCUCCAGGAUCAAACGCCUCCCUGCCUCCAUCCCAGAAGGCCGAGUUUUGGACAAACACGACACAUCCACUCUUGGCAGUGUGCGGUCAGGUGCAUCCAGACAUCAUGGUCACCACCAUCAUCAUCAUCAAGGACGGGACCAGGUUGCGGUGGUUGCCAAACCCAAACACAAACGGAACGAUUACCGGCGAUUACGUGCGAUCAUGGAGCUUCAGUACGACGAGGCGUUCAGGCGUGCUCAGCGACGUCAGAGAAAGGAGUUGUUGAACCAAUCUGCGGCAAAUGUUUACCUCCCCUCUGCUGGACAGGUGAGCAGCCCGUACUCCUAUGUGGCGAGAAGUGACUCUGAGUAUUCGGCCGAGUGUGCGUCGUUGUUUCACUCCACCAUCGUCGACACCAGUGAGGAUGAGAGGUCCAACUACACCACAAACCGCUUUGGAGACAGUGAGUCCAGUGAAGAGGAAUACAUCGAGGAGAGCACCACCACGAGUGACACUGAGGAGAGUGGAGGAGGUGGUGCAGGGGGAAUGGGAAGAGGGAGGAACCAGUUAGGGGCAACUGGGGCCAGGGUGGCGGGGCAGGAAAUGACUCCAGCUCAGGCAAAGGCCUUCGUCAAGAUCAAAGCUUCUCGAAACCUGAAGAAGAAGAUCUUGAGGUUCAGGUCGGGUUCUCUCAAACUCAUGACCACCGUUUGAGUCAGCAGCUGUUCACAACCACACCCAUGUGACAAUUCCCGGAAAGGCUAAACAAAUACAAAUUAAAGUGGUAUAAACAAACAAUAAUAGUACAACUAAAAAACUCGGGCUAAAUUGAAUUUCAGCUCCUACUUCUAGCAUACUUCAACCAGACCUGAUGGAAAAGCAGACUGUGGAUGGACAAGUGCUGCAUUUACAAAAUGGAAAAACACUUUUCUAUAAUUACAUUUGAACUAUCGCCAAGCCUCUUUUGCCUGAGGGACAGCGCCAAACUAGUAAUUAAUAUUUGUAAAAACUUGUGUGACCUUUUGUUUACGUCAACAAACAUGAAAACGAAAAGUGCUUUUUCCUUAAUUAGCUCAUAUCCUGUUUAGCUUUUAAGAAGGUACAUUGGAUUCCUUCUAACACAGCCUUUACUGUUAACCAGUCGAGUCCAUCUGAACAACCCAGUAUUGUGGUAAUCACAGGUGAAAGAUACGUUUCCUCUAUUGCCAUUUCUUCUUGUGUUCUUCGGUAUGAUUCCUAAAUGCAAAAAGGGAACAAGGAGGGAUGAUUUGGUGUAUCCUUUAGUUUGUCAGUAACCUUGCAAAAGUUACAUAAGCUACUUGAUCUGCAACCAUAUGGCCUUAUUAACUUCCUGUGUCUAAAUUUACCAUCAUGCAGAUCAUGUGGGGUUUCAGUUACCCACCCCUCAUACCACAGCACUGGGUUGUUCACAUAGUCUGUAGGUAAACACAAAUAACACCAAACAUCUGAGGGCGCUAAGGAGUGUGAACUUAUAAGUUCCCACAUCAAACAAAUCAACAUGGCAGCCAAAACAGUAAAUGUGUAUCACUGCAUUCAGGAUUUAAGGAGCAUUAGAUGCUUUUGGGGAACUACAUAUUUUGAAAAAGGUGAAGGGUUGGUUUGGAGUUUUGGAUUUAGCCGAUUAUAUUGUCUUUCCUCCAUCUUUCCUGGCCAAACAAGUGCCUCAGCCUAAAGAAGAGAAAUCAAGCUUUUCUGUCUGCUUCAAACUGAAUAGUCUGCAGCCAGAGUAUUUUGUAUCUAUUGUCAAAGUUCCCUUCUACUGCUUCCCAAGGUUUCUUUUAUAUCUCCCCAGCAACAAAAUAUCCCAGUUCAGAAAUACUGGUAAGUUAUUGGAAUCUCUAAAAAAAAUGGUUUUGGAGAGCCCCAAAAGCCAGAGGGUUUUAUAGUCUUGAGGCCAUGAAAAUAGGCCAAAUAAUAAUAAUAAUAGGGGGCCACACACUGAUCUCAUGUUUGGACAGUCCAGAAAGCAUUUUAGAACAAGCAUACUGAGGCUUAAUGUAAUAAGAGGGGCUGUAGUCAGGUUUGCAGAGUUUAUUGGAAAGUUGGAAAGUGAUUUUAGGGGCUCCCUACAUGGUUCUCAAAACGUCUCCAGAAGGUUCUUCAGAAAGUUGUCCAGAAGGUUCUUCAGAUGUUCCUACAUAGUGAUGAGGUUGUCCCUUGCUACAGUUAUCUCCUUAUUUCCUGCACUUUGAGACAAACUGUCAGCAGACAGGACGACCGGUGUACCAUCGUUAAUCUGUCAUUUGUGUGUAGCUUUGUUUUGUAUUUAUUAUAACAUGAACUUUUCCCUUUGUUGUAGCGUACCUACACGGCACGCCAAACGUCUGUAAAUGCUUUUUUUUCACAGUCAUGAUUUACGAUGUUAAUUUUUUUGAUGAAAGCUAUUUAAAACCUAAUAUAUUUGCCUUAGGAUACCAGGCAUGGUACCGACUGACAGCUGGUCAAACAGCAGUUUAUAUAACAUUUAUACACUAAAGAUGAUGUGUCCUUCUUAAUACUUUCACCACUGUUGCCGACAUUUCUUAUGGUUUUGCAUUAUAACAAUUGUGGUCAAAUCUUCUAUGUCUGGUUGUGUGAUAAUCCUGCUUUCAGAUCAGUGAAAUUAACUGUUUCUCUACAUACUGACACCUAAUGUAAGCAAAAAGACCUCUUGGUUCGAAUGCCUUGGACAUACAUGUGGAUUGUUCCUACUUUUUUUUUUGUGUCAAUAUCAAAAUAUGUUUGUGGACAUUCAUAAAAUCUGCAACAAUAAAGUCAAUGAAAGACUGUCAAGACCUACAUUAUAGGUCAACUGGAUGUCAAACCAACCUAACGUAGCCUGGUUUUAGCCAGUUUGAUGCCUUUUUACCAACACAAUGUUCAUAUAUCUUUCUAUAACAAUUUAUCUUAUAUAGCUUCCAUUAACAGUCCAUUUUUCUUUUUCAUACAGGUCUCUCAAAUAAGACUUGGAUGUUUCAGAUAGAUAUCUUUGUGUCUCCUACAGAGAUCAGUUCAGUUUGUGGUUAGCUUAGCUUAGCUAUACAACAGUUGGCUCAAUCAUAAUAUUAGGUGUUUUGUUAGGUGUUUACAUAGCUACAUGGGUUGGUGAAAAUAUAAACCAACAUAACUUCAGCUGCCUACAACAGCUAGCAUAUGUUAUGAUAGCUGUUUCUAGCUAACGAGUGCAUACCAGAGUGUCCUUAGCCUAGAGGAGCUCAAACACUUAUAGCAGGGGGAAAUUGUUAGCCUAGCUUCAUCAAAAGAGAAGGAAUCUAUCUUAUGAUUUACAUAUUGUUUAUUAAAAGGUUUAAAAAUGUGGAAUGUAGACACUGUGUUUUAAGCAACAGUUAGCAUUGAAGCUAUUGUUAAAUCUAUUUGUUGAAAUGUUAUCUAUCUGUGAGCUACUUUUUUAGCUAGCAAGCUAACAUGUGCAAUCUCUAACUGACAGUUUAAGGAUUAGCAUGGAAGUAAGGGAUAGGAGGUAUUUGAAAUAUAAUUUAACAGUCAAAUUAAAGUGUAUGAUGAAUUUAAAUUAACAUCAGCUAGCUUUAAGCUACAUGCUGUUUUUGUUGUAGGCUAAGUGACAUGACUUUAAUGCUUGGCGGUCCCAUUGUAUUUUUUGGUUUAAUAACUACACUUUAUGUCACUUUAAAAUGUCUUGUUAGGGUGCCAUAAGCUUGGGAACAAAGGUCCAUGGGGCAUAAAUACACUCUGAUAUAACUAAGCUAACAGUUCCCCUCUGCUUCCAGUCUUUGUGCUAAGCUAGGCUAAACAUGCAUAAAUAAAACUGAUAUCCGUCUUCUCAUCUGACUCUCGGAAUGGCAGCAAAAAACAAAAUGCCACAGCUUUACAUAUAAAACUAGCAACAAGCCCAUGCUAAGUUGCUUAAAGCUCUUUCAAGUCAUUGUUCACGUCUAUUUUGGUCCAGAGGUUACAUGUUCCAGAUAUAAACAACUUCAACAAAGCUUUAAAAAGCCACAGAAAGCUUCUUUCCAGCUGUCAUGUCCUGUCUCUUUGUUGUGAGCUAUUUUGAGCUUUUUAUGACUUGUGGAUUUUAUCUGUAAAAACUUUAUAUUUAAACCUUAACAGCCAAAAACCUUCAACCAAAAGUGAAACUUCACAGUCCUUGUGAGCUGUUACACACUGAUACUCCUGUAAAUGACCAUAUAUGCAACUGUAAAUGACUAUUACGGAUGUGAGUGUUUAUAUAAUUUCUCUGUAUGCCAAUACCGGUGCUUAAUCUUUUUAUGCUUCAUUAAAUGUGGACUUUGACAUUAA